AGCAGGCCUGGCAAGCCAAAUAAAUUAAAAAACUUAUAAAACUACAAAGUUCCAUCUUUCACCAAAAAAAGUCUAAAUUCCGUUUUGAAUAGCAGAAGUUUCGGCAAAUGUUUUGGUCAACCCUUGUUAAGGGCUUCUCCUUCCGGCAGAGCGGCUCUUCAAGUUCGGGAAAGCCGCCAAAGCCGCCCGGUCCUCCGGAUCCUCCAAAGCCACCCAAACCCCCACCGCCUCCCUCCGGAAAAAAGGAGUGCAAGGUACGGACGCACUGCAUUCCGGCUGCCUUUUGCAAAGAAGAAGAUAGGUUCAAAUCCAUGUGGGAUCCCCCGAAGAACCUUCCGCCGCCCUAUCCCUUCGUGGUUACCCGAUCCAACGAGCUUUGCUGCGGACCCAACUGCACCAAGCCGUUGCCCUCGUUCGACGAGCUGUACUACAGGCCCUCCUGCAAGGAUGGUCCCUUCCAGCGCCACUGGGUGGAGUGCCCCAAGUUCAUGAUCCGGCAGAAGAAGAUCUGCGCCUACGACAAGCUGGAGGCCCUCGAUCCCGCCCGUCGAGUGGCCAAGAGGCGCGACAGGGCCACUUUAGGUCCGGCCGCAGGACCCUGUCCCAUUUUCGCUCCUUUGGCGCGCUGCGUCCCAGGCCGUCGUCCGCCGAGAUGCCAUGCGGCCAAGACACCAAGCUGCUGCCGCAAACUGUGUGCCCCCAUGCCCUGCUGGUCGGAGUGCAAACAGCCUCCGUUGGCCAAGAGACCCUUCCGACCCCGCGAAUGCGAGUGCACCACUCCCCUCAGCCUCUGCGAUGCGGAACGGGGCCGCCAGUGGGUCAAGAUCCACGGCGAGAACCACGUCUGCCCCAGUGCCAUCAAGAGGGCCAAGAAGGCCAGAAAGGAAGCGCUCAAGAAACUGAAAAUGAGCAAGUUAAAGGCAAAGAUAGAGAAGCUAAAGGAAGAUGUGGACAAGGAAAAAUAAUAAAUUUUAACACUUUUUUUGUUGGCUUGUUACAAAAUAAAGACAGGGCAGAGAAACAUUCACCAGUUCCAUAUACCUAAGGAUAAGAAAAUAGACUUCCUUUCCCGAUAAAUCAA